GCCUUUUUCUGUAUCUUCGUUGGAGAGACCGACAUCUUGCUUUUGAAGCGGCGGCCAUCCCAUGUUUCCAGCUGACUGUCUUCCAUCGUGGCUCAGACGCUGAUAGUCGUUCAGCGUCAGGAUGAGGCCGCAUCAAUUUUCCUCCGUGGCUGCCGCCCUGCCGCUGUGGCUCAUCUACGUGGCCUCACUGCGCCCCUCGUCCCCCGUUCUCUCUUCCUUUGCUAUCGGCCCUUUACCUGCCGCUCUCUCUUCCAAGCGCCUGCCCACAUUUCAUCCAUCGCACAGCUGCUGCAAUGGUCGCAGGGGACUCGCAGCUCCGUGGGUCAUGAUGGACGAUGAGAGGGGCGGAGAAGAUUCGGUGCUCACCUUCCACAGCCCGCCUCGUGACAGCAGCAUUUUGCCACCAUCGGAGUCGCUGCCUGACGGGACCACCGGCAACAAAGCAGCAUCGCCUAACGCCACUGCAGCAGUGUCGGCUACACGAGAGGAGCCGUAUCCAGAUGAGAACGAGAAUGGCUCGCGAGGCAGGACCUUCCCCCUCCACCGGCUGGCAAAGCUCGUCAGAGCGAGGAGGAAGAAACUGGCUCACGACACCACGAAGACGGCGGUCCGUCCGUCCCGGCCGCUGCACUCGUAUCUCACGCCCCGGGUAGGACGGUCGUUUCUGCGCUCUUUCCUGGUUCUCGGCGCUCUAUUCCCAUUCAGCGGGCUGCUGGCUCGGCUAUGGGGUGCCAAGUGGGUGGCUGGGGCGCCACCGUUACACCACACCUUCUACCUGAGUCGGUUUCUCUUCUUCCGUCUGUUGGGCGUCACUGCUGCUGGGGCCUUCCUCUCCAUCGCAGCACAAGGUAGGCCCGCAGACCAGACACACACACAGUGGGUGCACUGCGGCAUCCAUCUCUUACGUCACGUACUCUUUUUCUGUAUCACUGGAUGUCGUUAGGCAACUCUCUGUUUGGUCCACAGGGGAUCCAGCCCCUCUCCAGAGGCAUUGCCGAGAUCCGGCGACAAUAUAGGUUGCUCUCUGUGAAGGAUAAGCUCCGUGAGCUGCCGUACGGCCUGACAGCCAUGAUAUGGGGCGAGGGCAGCAGGGGGCGGGUGAGGGGCGUGAUGGCUCUUGGAGUGUUGGCGGCGGUGAUGAGCGUGUGCCACUGGGGAGGGCCGGUGCAGCCUCUGCUGCUGGCCACGCUGUAUAGUCUGUACUUUGCUGUCAUUCAGGUCAGUCCUGAAGUAUCUGGAUGAGUCAACCAAGCAACGGGGAAGAGGGAGAUCGACAAUUGGCCAGUUGGUGUCGUGUUCUGCAUCUGUGUCAUGCAGGCAGGCGACUCCUUCCUGACAUACCAGUGGGACGUCCUGUUGUGCGAGUCGCUGCUGCUUGCCACCAUUGCUGCCAUCCCUUCCCCCAACUGGCUGGCACACAGGUACCUAUGCCUAUCUGCAUGAUCGCGUCGACGGACGAACGAAUCGGAUUGUGCCCACACUUGCUGUGCGUUACUCCCUUCCGUCAGGUUGUCGAUGCUCCCACUUCAGCUCCUAGCUUUUCGGUACGCAAGGAGCGCAUUUUGUGCGGGGAGGGGAGACAGCACCCGCCAGCCGCACACCACACCCACGCCUCCUCCUUUUCUCUCUGUCUGUCCGUGUGUUGUUUCUUUCGCAGUUUGAUGUUCAUGUCCGGCGUGGCCAAGCUGGCAAGUGCAGAUCCGACGUGGUCCAAUCUCACCGCACUGGAUUAUCACUUCCAAACCCAGCCGCUGCCCAAGCCUGCCGCAGCUCGGCUGCAUCGGAUGCCGCGAGCUGUCCUCCGCUUCGGGACGGCCCAGACCUUGGCAGUGGAGGUGCUGGCGCCGUUUCUCCUCCUCUGGCCCUUCUCAUACGCCAGGACAAUCGGUGAGUGAUGCGAGAGGGGCAGCAGGUGCUGACUGACACGUGCGCUCUUGUCGAUCGUCGUCUUGCCUCCUUUCUUCGUCUCACAGGUUUCGUGUUGCAGCUGAUACUGCAGCUGGGCAUCAUGUAUGCGGGACACUUUGGCUUCUUCAACUUCCUCACCAUCGCGCUGCUCACCACCACCCUCGACGACGCCACCCUCAUGCCACUCGCCAACGCAUGCCGCGACGCAUUGGCAAGCACCCCGCUCGCUCAGCUCUCUCUCCCAGCUGUCGGCCAAUGGCUCCAAAGUCAGAUCGGGACAUCAGCUUUAUCAAUGAAGCGUCUCGCUCUCUCGUCAGCGCCCUUUGGUUUGGUCGCCACACUCAUAGCGGGUGUGUACUGCUUGACCAUGACGCGGGCGCUGCGGUUGGGUGGGGGGAUGGGGAUGUUGCGGUCCUGGCGGAGUGUGGUGGGGAGCUUUCUGGUGGGGUCGCCGUACGGCCUGUUUGCGAGCAUGACAACCAGGCGACAGGAGAUCAUCCUGGAGGGCAGCGCUGACGGGCAGACUUGGUGGGAGUUCCAUCAUCGGUACAAGCCUGAUGCGAUCGACAAGGCUCCAAAGCCGCUGGCACCACUGCACAUGCCCCGUGUCGACUGGAACUUCUGGUUCCUGCCGUUGCAAGGUGAGCAACCGCACUCGAAAGGAUGGGUCCACCUCCCUCCGUCAAUGCCCAUGUCAUGUCCCCUGUGCCCUUCUCCCCCCAUCCACUCCCAUCCACACACAGGUGGAGUAGCGUCGAGCCCGUGGUUCUUUUCCCUCGUCAGGCUGAUCCUCGAAGGCUCGCCUGACGUGUAUCGCAUCUUCACACGCAGCACACGGCGGGCAGCCGACACUGAUGAAUGGACAGCCGCCGUGGGCAGCAAGAACGACACGUCGCGAGAGCUGCUGCCGUUUUCCCCUGCAGAGCCGCCCAAGUACGUGCGUGGCAAAUUGUAUACAUAUGAGUUCAGUGGGGGUGCGGGUGGCGGGGAGGGCGGGGGCGAGUGGGAGGAGGGCAGGCACUGGCGGCGCAGGCUCGAUGGUGUGUAUCUGCCGCCGGUUGCGCUGAGGCCGUGAGUGAGUGAGUGAUCGAUAGUAAGGAGUGAUUGAGUGGUUUGGUUGUGUGGCUUGGUUGUGUGGCUUGGUUGAGUCUUGGUCGUGGGUCAUGCGGACGCGAUAUAUAUACUUAGUAGGUGGGACCUGGGUGUGCACUGUGGCGUGAAGCGCAGGAAUGCGUUGUUCAAAAAA